AUGAGAACAUCGCUGGCUCUUCUGGCUCUGGCAGCCACAGCCUUUGCCGUUCCCCAAGCAGUCACAGAAGAUAUUGCCCCCAAGGGUAAAGCCCCCAAGGGUUGUACCACGUCAUAUGACGGCCAAUUCGAAGUCACAAUCUUCAAGCCUGGAAACGAGAAGCGCGAUGUCACCGAGCGAUCAUGCAAUGGUGAAGGCGUUCUAGUCUUGAACCUCAAAGAUGGCGUUCUGAAGGACGCUCAAGGACGAACUGGUUACAUCUCCGAAAGCUACCAAUUCCAAUUCGACAAGCCCGUUCAAGCUGGCGCAAUCUACACAUCCGGUUUCUCAGUCUGUUCCAACGGUACCCUCGCCUUCGGGUCCUCCGCAAUCUUCUGGCAAUGCCAGUCCGGUGACUUCUACAACCUCUACGACCGCAACUGGGCUGAGCAAUGUGAACCUGUUGAGUUCGGCGUCAUGCCCUGUGGCAAGAGUAAGAAUGCUAAGUCCGUCCCAAAGAAGAGAAUCGUGGGAAGCAGUGUUGUCGCCACAACCGUUGUAACUGUCGUUUCUGAUGGCACAACGAGGGAGGUUCCUACCACGAUUGCUGUUCCUAUGUGCCAGAUUGGCGACGGACAGGUUCAGGUUCGCACGACGCCUUGUGAUGACAUGGAGAUCCCUAUCAUUACUGCUCCUCCUGUCAGCCAAGUCUCGGAUGGCAAGCUUCAGGUUCCCACCACGGCCCCUCCCGCGCCCCCCGCAGUUCAGAAGCCUGCCAAGCCUGCCGAGGGUACUGGCGGCGAUGCUGGAGAUAAGUCCAAGCCUGCUGACGAGUCGAAGCCCGCCGGUGCUUCUCCUGCUGGGAACGCCGCGCCUGAAAACACAGGUGCGGCUCAGGCUGAUAAGCCCGCUGGAGAUGAGCCUUCUGCAACAGGUGCCGGACGCAAGUCGAAGGCUACUAAGACCCACGAUGAAGUGCUGAUCACUGACUCUGGUGUCCCCUCCGACACUGAGACUGAGGAGGCUGGCUCUUCAAGAAGCACACGCGCCGUCAAGCCCUUCAAGCCUCAGACGACCGAGAGUGAUGACUCUGACGAGACCGGAAGUAGCUCCAGUACGGGCUCAGACGACGCUGCGUCUACCGGCGCUGCUCAGUCUGAUGCCUUCAAGAUUACCGCAAGCUUGGGCAUGGCGCUUGUAUCGGGUCUGCUUGGAUCUCUGUUGAUUCUGUAA